CCUCUGCGGGAGGCAGCUGCGGCUGGAUGCUGUAACUGUUCGUUAACGAAUACGGUUUUUCAAACUCUAUCCAUCUGAACGCCGAUGAUGGAGGACGGUGACCAGUUAUCCCUCACCAUCGCUCAGAUUGUCCAGCGUCUUAAAGGCAGCCAUUUACACUCUCAACUAGAGCGACAAGCAAAAGAGUGUUUGCACCUCCCAGAGAUUAAACUUCAGUCACUUAAGGAGGAUGUCCGCAGUUUCCUGAAGACCUCAGGGUGGGAAAGAAAACUCCAGAAUGCAGUUUACAGAGAAUUGCACGUUCAGCUCCCUCCGAGCCUUCCCCAGGCCCCGCCAGAGCAUCUCAAAGAGCCUUUGGCCUACAUGCGGAAGGCACAGUCCAGCUGGGAGAAGCGAGUAUUCAAAAGCUUGAACAGCAUGAGCACAGAGCUGGAAGUCCCACUGGCUCGCAUGAGGCCUGAAGAGGAGCAGAAGGAGCUCACAAACAAAUGGAAUGAGAUGGGUACUGACGAACCAGAUUUAAGUCUCUUCAGGCCAGUUUAUGCUCCCAAAGACUUCCUGGAGGUGUUGGUCACCUUGCGAAACCCCAACCAUGAGAGCAACGAGGAUGUCAAUGCUAGAAGCCACUGGGGUCUCAUCCAGGUUCCACUCAGUGUCAGAGACCUUCCACUGUUGAGGGCAGCCUACUCAGAAUUAAGCCUCACUAUCGGGCAAGUUGGGAUCGAUGAUAACGCGCAAAUCCAUCCAGAUUUGUUUGAAAGCGAGUUUGUCCAACUUGGAAAAAAAGUGGUCAUGGAGCAGGACAGUGCAGCAGCCCAGCAGUACAGCAGGCGGGGCUGCCCCACGGGGCUGCGGGCCGACCUUUGGGCCCUCACCCUCAACUCCAUCAAUCAGUCACAGGAUCUGAUGCACUAUGAGCAGUUAAAGGCUGGAGUGAUACAACACAGCCUGCUGGUGGACAACCUUUUCUACAAGGAUGUGAAGCUCACUGCGAGCAAUGAUGACUACUACUUUGUGUUUGAAGAUUUCCUCUAUCAGGUGCUGCUGUGUUUCUCUCGUGACACUGCUGUGUUGGAGCAUUUUAAAAACAACAGUGCCACUCCUCCACGGUCGUAUAUUCAAGGAAAAGCAGGAGAUGAAGAAUGUGCUGUGGUUUAUCCACCCAAUGGUGUAAUCCCAUUCCAUGGGUUUUCCAUGUAUGUGGCGCCUCUCUGUUUCUUGUACAAUGAGCCGUCCAAACUCUACAGUGUUUUUAGAGAAAUGUACAUUCGCUACUUCUUCAGAUUGCACUCCAUCUCCUCAUCCUCAUCGGGAAUCGUGUCUUUGUGCCUGCAGUUUGAGCGUCUGCUUCAGGCACACAUGCCUCAGCUUUUCUACCAUCUCAGACAAAUUGGUGCACAGCCGUUGCGAAUAGCCUUCAAGUGGAUGGUUCGAGCUUUCUCGGGGUAUCUUUCCACUGAUCAGCUGCUUCUCCUUUGGGACCGUAUCCUGGGAUACGACUCUCUGGAGAUUGUAGCAGUCCUUGCAGCUGCCGUGUUUGCCUUCCGCGCCGAGAACCUGAUGGAAGUGACGUCGCUGCCGUCAGCUGAGGCUGUCCUUGCUGAUCUUUCAACACUGAAGGUGAUGCCGCUCAUUCAGAUCUUUCUGUAUGCCACCUCUGUCUAAGAGGAGGUGCGGCAGUAGGCACGCUUCACCUGGAGGAUGACGCUGCCAAAGAAGUGCUACUCCAACACAUGUAACUCACCCUAACACUACGGAUCCCAGGAGACUACAAUGAAGUGUUUUGCAAGUGAGCAUACAGAUGCUUACAUCCAUUGUAUCCUGUGUAAAUACAGCGGACAGAUUGAUCAGCUGAAGUCACUAUAUCGGAAGCCAUAUGUCCCUCAGAGAAACGUAAUUUCAUGCAUGAAUUUGAAUCACCGCGUUUAGAUUAUUAGCAUAUCAGCAUGAAGAAGUAACUGCAGUGUGAUCACAUUGUAAAAAGUAACUGUAACCUGACGUGGCUAAUGAAGCGUUCAGUACAAAGUAAAUGCUGAGCUUCAUCAGUUGUGGGUGUGCCAUCACUGUCCCUAUAAUGUUAAAUUGAUAUUGAAAUCAUGCAGUGGAUUAACAGAAACCGGAGAGAUUAUUUUAGAUUCUUGUUUCAUUCGGUUUAAAGGCUCACUUGCAUCUUUAUUUUUAACUUGAAAAAUAGGUGCUCAUUUUUUGAAAUAUGAAAACAACAGACUAAUAGUGUUUGAAACCUUCUGCUAGUAAAUUAAAAUAUUUCUAAGACAAAUGAGGUAGGUGUCAUCUCUCUUUGUAAUUUGCUAUGCAUCAUUUUCCAUAUCUGUUUUUUGUGAUUUUAGAAGUUGCAUUAUCCGACAUCUGAAACAUGUGAACAGUGAACUUACACAAUGCAUAUCAGUGACUAACACUAAAGGAAUGUGAUAUGAAUAGCCAUAAAAAUUCUAUUCAAGUGAAACGGGAAAAUCCUUUAUGAGUCAGCGAAUUAGCUGAACAUGGGAUUCAUUUGCUAAAUUAAUGAAUGUCAGCAUGAUAAUUAAACAGCGCCAUCUAAUGUGCUGUGGAAAUGAGGACAGUGCUCCAUCGGGUUGAAUUUGCCUAUCACUAGUGACUCAACCCGCAUUCCUCUGGGCAGGAUUAGUGUUGAGACAACACAUCAGCUGUAACUAACCUGUUUGACAAUCGUUUUCUGACUUGGCUUUGAAAAUGGAAUCCAUAUCUCUGUUAUGCAAAAUUGUUGUGGUGUUUUUUCUUUUUCUUCUCCUUCUUCUGUUCACGAGGAUUUUGCUCACUGAGACAUAUCACUAGCUACAUGGGUCAACCAGGGCGUCACGUCCACCAACCUUAAUUCUUAUGAAAGCAGCUGUCGUUUUGAAGACAAAAUCCAUAACAGUCAACAAUCCUUGCUAAAUGCUACAUAGGAAGUGCAUGUUUAUGUUGCUAAAAAGCAUAUGUGUGAAUCCAGUGAAACUACACUGCUAAAAGAAUUACCAUCUGGAUAUAAUAUAAUCCUAAAUCCAAACGUCUACAAGACCUUUGAGGGUACAAAUGUUACCUGUGUUUUGUUGUCAUGCCUUUCACGAGUAUUCAAGCCUUCUGUGCCAGUGAACAACUUAUUUUUUGUUCCAAGUCCUGAAUGUAUUAACAAAUUAUGCACUUUCUGAAAACCAUGGAAAACAUUGCUUGGAACUAGUUCAACUUUAUUCAUACUAUUAUGUGUCGGAAUUUGCCAGUGCUUUGAUCUCAUCUCACCCUCUCUGUUUCAGUCAAGACAAAUAAUGUUUCAUUUCAAUAAAU